AGGGGGAAAACCAAUCGUCAGGGGGGAACCACCGACAUACUUACCCACAGGUUCAUCAUACCAUUAAAAAAAAAGAACACUCUCUCUCUCAGCGGGACGGUAAUUGCUGGCCGCUGCUUUCUUCCGGGAUUACUAUCGAUUCCUUUCAUCCGGCAGCCCUUUAUCUCUUUGUAACCACUCCUCUCUCUUGGAUUUAGAAUUAAUUCUCUGACUCUCUGUAAACACUCAUGCGCACAAUAGGUCAUACAUUUAGAAUAAGAAGUAGAAAUUGAUUUGGUGUUCCUCCUUAUACAUUCACGUAUGUGUGUGUGUGUGUGUGCGCUUGUAGAUAGAAUGAAGUUGAAAGCGUAUUUCUCUUUCCAAAUGCACAGUUUUUCACAUUCAAAUUUAUAUUAUGAGAUAUUGAUUUAGAGAAGUUUAUAGCUGGGGUUAUGUGUGAUUUUUUUAAUACAUGAGGAAUAAUUGUAGAUAUUUUUUACGAGACAUACAGACACAUAUAUGCAUGUAGUUUGGGAAGCUACUGAUCAGUACAUACGCAUAUGUAUAUAUGUAUAUAUUAAAUUGUUGCUAUGGAAGUAAUUCAUAGAAAUUAGGCGUGCAUAUAUACAUGUGUAUUGGUGUUUGUGUACAUUUAGGGGAAAAUAGUAGUUAGUCAAGAUUUAUCUCUUAAUAUUUAAUUAUGAUAUUGUGAUAUUGAGUAAAGUGAAUCACCAUAUUUUGAGGUACUGCAUCCUUAUUAAAUGUUUUAAUUCUCUCAUUGAACUUGUGUACUUAAAUGUGCUUGAGAAUUUUGUAAAUGCUGAUUUGAGUGAGAUGGCAUAAUAUUAGAAUUUUAAAAUAUGAUGUCUCUCUCUAUAUGGACUAUAUGGGUUGACGGAUGAUUGCCUCAUACGGGCUAUAUGCGCCCGCUAUCGGGCUAUAUGAUUUGAGAAGAUGUUGCGAUCCUUGCCCUAUACGGGCUAUAUGCUCCCACUACUGGGCUAUAUGGCGUGAUGCGACGAAUCCUUCGCCCUAUACGGGCUAUAUGUGCCUGCCAUCAGGCUAUACGGUUUUGACAGAGUCCUAGGAGCGCCGCAUCCUCACUAGCGCAUCUUUUGAUCUAGGGAAUCGACGGAUUGGAUUGUGUGACUAAAUUUUCAUCCGCGUUGCAUUAUAGAAGUAUGGCGUAAUGCAGUACAGGGGUAAUUUGGCCAUUUGACAGAAGUUGAACCGCCAAAUCUUGGAAACUGCUAAUUUUACGGGAUUUCGAACGCAACAAUUCUCCUUCUUUCAUCAUUCAUUAAUCCCACAACCCUUACAUCUACUCCCACUCUCUCCACUACGAAAACCCUAUAUUUCAACAUCCCCAGCGCCGCUUUUGGAGAUUUUUGAUUUUCUCGACCAAAUUUUCCGAGGGAAUUAGCUUUCAACGCUGAAAUCGAAUCGGAAACCCCGACUACUUUCCAAUAGAUCGAAAAUGCCGAAGAGGGGUCGUCCGCUAUCGCAAGUAACAGAGGCUGCAGAAAAACGAGUAAGAUCGGAACUCGAUGAUGCAGUCGAUGAUUUGAUUCCGGUAGCUUUGGCACAGAAAUUGAGGGAUUGGUUGGCAGCGGCUGCCCCUAGUACCUCAGUAGCUGAUGUUUAACAGAAGCAAGUUAAGGGAAGAAAGACUGACCGACUUUACUGCAGACGAACACCAUCGGAGUUUUUGAAUUGCUUGAAGCAAUUAAAUCCGAGGCAGAGAAGGGCUGUGACAGAAAUAGGUUUCGGUGCAGUACUCUGUUUCGACAUUAAAGAAAUACCCAGCUUUCUUGCGUUUUGGGUGUUGAAUGCCCUCAACCUCGCCCGCUGCCAAAUACAGCUUCCUGGUGGUGAAGCACUCACUUUGGACGAAGAGGACGUCCACUUGACAUUGGGAUUUCCAAGGGGCCCUACACAGAUAUCGAGACCGGACGUCCCUCAGACAAAUUUUGUCUAUAACGACUUGGUAGCUGAAAGGUGUCAAAAGGGACGGUUUAAGAUGUCCCCGAACGACAUCUCAGAGUUAAUGAUGGCUGACACUGGGGGGGUGAAGAUUUCAAGAAGCUCUUCACUGGAGAAUGCGUUAAUCGAGACACCUAGUGAUGGGCAUUGCAAGCCAAAAAUUCUACACUUCAUCGAGGAUGUCCAAGAUAUUAAAAAUUUGAAUUGGUGUGGGUAUGUGCUCUCCGUCCUAGAGGCAACGUUUCCAAGCUACGCAAAAGGACAAAGUGCUUUGUUCAAUGGACCAAUACAUUUCUUAGUGUGCGCCUACGUCGACCGCGUAGUAGAUAUUCGGAGACGGGUCAUCCGCGCAUGGCCAACGAUAAAGGGUUGGACCCUCGAGUCUCUUAAACAGCGCGAGGAUUUGGAAAGGGACCAAUUUGGGACUGGGCGGUUAGAGUCGAGACUAGACAAAGACAGAUGGCUGGCCGAGCAUGAUAUUACAAGGCGAACCGGAGUGGCUGGGGGUGAUUCCUCCACUACAAGCACCCACAGAGCGAAGAGGCUACGAGACAAAUUUAUUGCUUCUAGCUCUGUGUUGGCCAAUGCCAUCUCAAUUUGGCUUGACGAUUACAAAAGCAUACCCGAGGAGCUACUGGAAGACGACUGCUUCCGUGUGGGGAGCCAGAUUGGACGUAAGCUUCUGGGAAUUACAGAACAGGAGCUUCAAGGGGAUGACGAGAUCACAACACGACUGACACAGGCUAGGCUGGAUGAGGAGGAGUACAGUCAGGAUUGGAUUGAUGAAAUGGAAAAGAUGAUGGCAGCUUAUGACAAAAAAAAGUCAAUCGCAACUGGAUUCACCCGGCCAUCAUUUGUGUUAGACGGUUUUGAUUGCCCAGACCCAUUUGCCACACAGCCUUCCCCACGAGCAGGACAGAGCUCCAGAAAUGCUGAACCACUCCACACCGAUGCAAGAGCAGAUUGUGCACCGGUUGUGCGUCAGCCAGAAGAAGCAGUGGAUCAUGCAGGGUCGGCAAUGCCUGAUAUAGCCUCCGAUGUUGGCGUACCUGAUGUCCCAACUGAAGCGCAUAUUUCGGUUCCAGGAUCUGGGCUGGUGGUGGCUGGUGGCGUACGUGGAGAGGCUACGGUGGGUUCGUCGGGUGAGGAAACUAUAGGAGUAAGAGAAGGGGGUAAGGAGGUGGUGAUAACAACAAAACCAAAGAGUGUUAAGGGAAAGGCAGCGAACAAAGCAGGCAUGACAAAGGAAAUGGCUCUGAAACGUGGGCAGGAGAAACAGCCUGCCGUGACAAAGAGACCUCCCCUGUCCAAGGAGAAGGGGCUAGUGAUUGCGGAUGCUGGGACGGGUGGAAUUGGUGACGACCUGCCAUUAAAAACUGCGAGUGUUCUUGGUAAAGGAAAGGAGAAGGUGAACAAGGCUAACGAGGCUGUCCGAUCGGUGGCUUCAACCGUUGAAACGGCACGUGUAAGGAGAGCUAGUCCGGCUUUGCGCUCUCCUUUCAAUGAGCGAGCUGUAAGGCUUACAGCCAAGGCUAACAGUAACGAUAAGGAGCUAUAUUAUUGGGUGCUUAGCACAGCGGAGACGCACGAAUCAAUCAGGGAUGCAAUUGUGUACGAAGACUCCUACAAACGAACUGUCCAGUCUGCGUUCCUUUCAUUGGCACCAUUUAAACAUGUCAGCCCGGUCAUUGUGGACACUUGGUGCUCAUACUUGAAUAAUAUGGAGAAGCUGAAGGCGCCAGAUACAGUGUCCAGACUCUUCUUUUCCACACGACCAUGCGCACAAUCAUUGAUAGACAUCCUUGAAGGGUGGGAUGAAGAAAGACGAUUUACCGAUUUUUGGACCAUUCUUUUUGAGGAAGCCCUUGGAGCCGGAUACAGCAACUGGGAGAAACACGAGCUGUUCUUCUUCCCAAUUUGGGGGGAGAAACAACAAUAUGUGGUCUGCUUUGAUGUGCCGGAUAGCAAGAUGAAUAUUAUUGACCACACCCUGGCUGAGCAGCACGCAUCGUUCGCCGAAAAAUAUGGGACCACGCCAUCUAUGCUGUGGAAAUUCCUGGCUGACGCAAUUGAUAAGUGCAAAGACUCAAGAAUGGCUGAUUUGAUACGAGGCUGCACUACACAUGUAGUUGCAAUGCCGUGGCGGAACAACCUGUCCAUAAUGGAGGAUGGUAUGUACGUAAUGCGCCACUUGGAGACGUACUUUGGAGAGAAGGAUAAAGAUUGGGAUUGCGGGCUGACCGCAAAGGGAAGCAAAAGUCUUGAAAUGUUUCGAAUCAAAUUUGCAAGGGUGCUACUGACUUCUCCCUACAAUGUCCGCGGUGCCGCAAACCAAAAACAGGCAACCAAGUUCUGGAGAGAUAAACCUAAAAAUUUCAACUUCGAAAAGUGGGUAGAAAAUUAUGGGUUGUAGGGCGUGAUUAUUUCUAGUAUUUGUUGGAAGAAUUUGCACUUUAUUUCCUUUUUGCAAGCUUGAAUACACUGAACAAUGUUUUUUAAAAUAGCAUUUUUUGAUUUCUAUCAUGUGAACACUCUGGCGACCAUUAAUGGAUGUAUUAUGUUAUUUGCU